AGGCCGGGGCCGCGGGGCCACGACUCCACCCUGCCGGGGCCUCCCUCAGUCUGUCCCCGGGGGGAGGCCAUGAACGCCAGCACCUGGCCCUCGGGGGUGAGCCCGGAGGCCUGCCACCGGCUGGCGGCCGGCGGCCACAGCCUCCUCAUCGUGCUCCACUACAACCACAGCGGCCGGCUGGCGGGCCGCGGCGGCCCCGCGGAGGGGCUGGGCGCGCUGCGGGGGCCGUCGGUGGCGGCCGGCUGCCUGGUGGUGCUGGAGAACGCGCUGGUGCUGGCCGCCAUCGCCAGCCGCAUGCGCUCGCGCCGCUGGGUCUACUACUGCCUGCUCAACAUCACGCUCAGCGACCUGCUCACCGGCCUGGCCUACGUGGCCAACGUGCUGCUGUCGGGGGCGCGCACCUUCCGCCUGGCGCCGGCGCACUGGUUCCUGCGCGAGGGCCUGCUCUUCGCCGCGCUGGCCGCCUCCACCUUCAGCCUGCUCUUCACGGCCGCCGAGCGCUUCGCCACCAUGGUGCGCGUGGCCGAGAGCGGCGCCACCAAGAGCGGCCGCGUGUACGGCUGCAUCGGCCUGUGCUGGCUGCUGGCCGCCACCCUGGGCCUGCUGCCCCUGCUGGGCUGGAACUGCGUGUGCGCCUUCCCGCGCUGCUCCAGCCUGCUGCCCCUCUACUCCAAGGGCUACGUGCUCUUCUGCGUGGUCGUCUUCGCCCUCAUCCUGGCGGCCAUCCUCGGCCUCUACGGGGCCAUCUUCCGGGUGGUGCGGACCAGCGGGCGCAAGGCCCCGCGGCCCCCCGCCCGCCGCAAGGCCCGCAGGCUCCUCAACACGGUGCUGAUGAUCCUGGUGGCCUUCGUGGUGUGCUGGGGGCCCCUCUUCGGCCUGCUCCUGGCCGACAUCUUUGGCUCCAACGUCUGGGCCCAGGAGUACCUGCGUGGCAUGGAUUGGAUCCUGGCCCUCGCCGUGCUCAACUCGGCCAUCAACCCCCUCAUCUACUCCUUCCGCAGCCGCGAGGUGCAGCGCGCCGUGCUGGCCUUCUUGUGCUGCGGCUGCCUCUGGUUAGGCUUGCGCGGGCCCGGAGACUGCCUGACCCGGCUCACCGAGGCUCGCUCCGGAGCGUCCACCACCGACAGCUCCCUGAGGCCCAGGGACAGCUUUCGGACUUCCAGGUCCCUCAGCUUCAGGAUGCGGGAGCCGCUGUCCAGCAUUUCCAGCGUCCGGAGCACCUAGACUUGGGACCAGCCGGUUGCCCAGGGUGCGCAGCGCCUAGGCCCUCCCGGGAGAGGUGAGGAGGGGCCCGAAGCCAGCAGCCCCCGGGGGCCUUCCACAGACCCUCCCCCCUGCCGAAUGUCUGGCAGAGAGCGGCUGGAGCCAGAUGCAGUGGUUCUGGGCCUUGAUGGGGCUCCCAGGCUGUGAAGGGGAGGUGACAUGUCCGGGUUCCUGAACAGGACAGGGCCUUGUGGUUCUGUCACAGUCACACGUGUGUGUGUGUGUGUGUGUGUGUGUGUGUGUGUGUCGGGGUGCGAGCCCCUGUGAUCCUUGUCUGCACACCCGGUGGUGGGGGACACCUAGGCCAUUUGUCUGAGGCGGCAGCUUUGUUGAUACAUUGAAAGACCAGCAGGUGGAGCUGGGGGGACAGCCACCCCUCUCCCCGGUGACUUCCCCUUUGGGACAGCAGCCCACCCCCCACGGCCUCUCUCCAGUUCAGCUUCUCUGUCUCUGUAUGUGGAGGCCCCUCACCGCAGGUCUGGGGCAAUCUUGACUGGUCCAGUAACCCAGCUGCCUCACCCUUCCGGUACUGAACCACGGUGAUGUGUUGUGAAGGCCUUGGACUCUAUGGUGCCAUAGCGCAGCCACAAGCCAGGCAUGGCUGAAAAAAAAUCAUUAAAAUGAAUGAAACCUA